AUGAAGGGCACAACUAAGGUGAUUAUGGGAGCAACACUAAUAAUGGUGGCGAGCCUGGCCAUAGUGUUAUCCCUUGUCCUGGUGCUAUUAGCUGAGCUCUACUGCUCUCUCUUACUCCGUCGGCGACAAAUUCGAAAGCCAACUUCCAACACCACCAUCUCUGCCGGUGAUUCCAUCUCUCAGCCCCCACCACCCCUUGACCAAUCAGCUCCUCCAUCUCUGGGUAGCUUUUAUGCUCAAGGGGUUCUUCGAGCCCCAAGAAGCUUCCUCUUCCCUGCAGUUUCUGGCGAUGACAAGCUGGAUUUGGAGAAGCAAAAUUCUCAGUUUCCUCAAGCCUAUGAAUCCCAAAUUCAACAACAUUUCACCCCUCGGGUUGGGCUGUGUACAUCUGACCCAUCCCAGAAUUCAUGGUGGCAAAAAUCUCGUGCACUAGAUUCCAUUUCUCGGGUUGGGCUUCAAUCUACCUCGCCACCCUCUCCUUCCUUCAUACCAGCAGCCUCACCUAAACCAGUUCAAAAGGUUCCGCUUCAAGGCACUAAUUCCAGUACUUCUGAAAAUAGAGUUUUAGCAGGUCUUAAGCAUCAUUUCAUGUGCAUAUCCAAUCCGAUUUACGACGUCCAAGCCGGCCAGCCAAGCAGGGUAGUGGACACACCAUUCGAAACGCCGGACACCUCGCCAUCUCGCUUAGAAACCAAAGAUUCUUCCGGCGAUGAUACAAGAGACGUAUCACCCUCGUCUAGUCCCUCCUCACUCCCAAUCACCCCUCCAUUAACUCCGAUGAAGAAGCUACCGGUGGAGGCAUGUUCCAUCUCUCUUAGAGAUGGUCGGUGUGUUGGCACGUCUGGUAGUGAUUCCAAUAGUAAUAAUGGUGAUCUUUCUUCCUCCUCAUCAGGAUCUCCUUCCACUUCUCCUUCAUGGUGAAUGGUUCAUGUCAUAGUCAUGUAGUCAAAGCUUGUUCUUGGUCUUCUUGUGAACUUUUUUUGAGCUGGUUAGUUUGUUAAUAUUGUACUGGUGAUGGAAAAGCUGGUUGUAAAGAGAACAGUAAGACCGUUGUUGGAACUUUUCCUCCUCCACUGUGACUAUUUGGCUCGCCAACCCAAGCCACG